AUGACUCCCCCGGAGGAAGACCCGCUCAACCUCAAACAAUUCAAAACAACCAUCAUCGAGCAAAAGAAUCAAUGGAUCCCAUUCAGCGGCGACGAAAAGAUCAGCGGCUUCUACAAACAGCAAAAUGAGAUGAUCGAAGGAUUCCUCUCCAGCGGCGACGAGGAGCGCCUCAAGGCCGAGGACGAAGCUCAAAACGGUGGCAAGGUAAAGUUGGCCGUACGUGCCAGCUUUGUUGUCAACUUCUGUCUCUUCAUCAUCCAGCUAUACGCAGCUGUCUCAACCGGUUCGUUAGCUUUGUUUGCUACCGCUGCAGAUGCCUUCAUGGACCUCGUCUCCUCGAUCGUCAUGCUCGUGACCUCACGCAUGUCCUCGCGCCCAAAGCCAUACAAAUAUCCCGUUGGACGACGCCGCGUGGAAACAAUGGGUGUCAUAAUGUUCUGUGCAUUGAUGACGAUCGUGGCGGUGGAGUUGAUCAUUGAGUCAGCCAAGUCCCUGGCAGCUGGCGAGACCGAGUCUAAACAGCUUGCCCUCGUGCCGCUGAUCUGUGUUGGCGUUGCUAUCUUCUCCAAGUUCGUUAUGUUCUUGUAUUGCUUCGGACUCCGUCGGUAUCCAGCUGCCCAUGUCUUUUAUAUUGACCACCGCAAUGAUCUUGCCGUCAAUGGAUUUGGACUGAUCAUGGCCAUCAUUGGCGAUCGGUUUGUCUGGUACUUGGAUCCGAUUGGUGCGUGCUGCAUUGCACUGCUAAUCUUGUUCUCCUGGGCAUCUACCGCAUUUGAGAACAUGUGGCUCAUUGUGGGCAAAUGCGCACCGCGGGAAUUUGUCAACAAAUGCAUAUAUGUGACUUUGACUCAUGACCAGAGAAUCCAGAAAGUGGACACGUGCCGUGCCUACCACUCUGGGCAGCAGCUUUAUGUCGAGGUUGAUAUUGUCAUGGAUCCCGAGACCAAGCUUCGAGAGUCUCAUGACGUGAGCCAAGAGCUGCAGCGCAAGCUAGAAGGCCUUGCAGAUGUUGAGCGAGCCUUCGUGCAUGUCGAUUAUGACUAUGAGCAUGAUGUCAACGAGGAGCACAGGCCGCUUUAUGAAAUUGGUGGACCGGGUCAUUCCAUCAGAGCGUUGCUGAAACGCCUAUUCGCCAAGACAAAGCAGAGAAAUGCCGAUGAAGCUACUGUAUAG